AUGUCAAAGGAAGUAAGUAAUGGAUUUCAAUCUGCAUUUUGGGAUAUUUUGUUUGGUUCCAUUGCUGGUGCAUUAGGUAAAACAAUCGAAUAUCCAUUUGAUACUAUAAAAGUGCGAAUGCAAACACAAGGUUACCAAGUAUUCCCAACAACAUGGUCAUGUAUUAAAUAUACUUAUGAAAACGAAGGAAUUAUUAGAGGGUUUUUUCAAGGUAUUGGAUCACCUUUAAUUGGUGCAUCUCUAGAACAUGCAUGUCUAUUUUUUUCAUAUAAUCAAUGUUUUCAAUUUUUAUUAAAUUUUACAACAUUAUCAAAUUUUUUUAUUAUUUUAAUAUCAGGUGCAUUUGCUGGUUCAUGUACAAGUUUAGUUUUAACACCUGUUGAAUUAAUUAAAUGUCAAUUACAAGUAUCAAAUUUAAGAUUACCUUUAGAUUCCGAAGAAAGACAUACUUCAAUAUUACCAACAAUUAGAUCAAUUUUAAAAGAAAAAGGUAUAUGGGGUUUAUGGCAAGGUCAAUCUGGAACAUUUAUUAGAGAAUCAAUUGGUAGUUUAGUUUGGUUUGGUACAUUUGAAAAUUUUAAAUCAAUGUUUUUAAAUAAAUCUAAUAGAGAGACAAUGUAUACGUGGCAACUUUUGAUUAGUGGUGCUGCUGCAGGUGUUGCAUUUAAUGGAAGCAUGUUCCCAGUUGAUACUAUUAAAUCAAUUAUGCAAACUGAACAUAUGGGUUUUUUUGAAACUGCACACAAAAUUCGUAAAGAUCAUGGUAUUGCUGGAUUUUAUCGUGGUAUUACAAUAACUUUAAUUAGAUCUGUUCCUUCUAAUGCUAUUGUCUUUUAUACAUAUGAGAAAUUAUCUCAAUUUAAAGGAUAA